AUGUUUACUGAAGGGCUGGACGAGAGCGCCAUCAAUUGGAUCAAGAAGGGAGCAGAUGCAGAACAGCUUCAAACUCGAACGCCAUUAACCGAGAAGCUAGAUAUGACAUACCCUCUUCCUAGAUCGCCAUUAGCAUAUGGCUCGAGCAAUUACUCAUCUUCCCAUGUUCUGCCUCCGUUGAAAUUUCACUCUGGUCUACUGAAACCCCUCAACACUGUCACUCUAAGUGCCGAUAGCAAUGAGGAAGAAUCGGACUAUUACAACGACGAUAAUUUGGAUGAGAGUGAGAGUGUGGGCUCGGCCCCAAAUGAAUUGUAUGGUAACCAAUCGGAUGAUGAGGUAGUAGAUAUGCUGCCGGUCAUAAAGGGGUUUGAAGAUGUGUUUAACGUCAACCCAACAAAAAAACUGAAUGAGAGAAAACAUGGGUCCACAAUAAAUAGAGGGCUGUUAAAAGAGGAUCUUAGGAUUGAAGUUCCCCCAAGUUUAAGAAGAUUCAGCGAUGGGCUGGGCAGUGCAGUUUCAGGAAGAUUUAAAGAGAAAAUGCAACCUCGAAGUGCAUAUGGUACUCCCAUUGGCAUGUUGGGCGAAACUGCAGACCUCGGGACUCCAAGUGCACCACCUUUCAUGGAUAUUGGGAAUGUACAUGACAUUGGGAUAGGUGAUGAGAAAAGUAUCAAUGGUCAACACAAAGCGUUAGAGAAGGUUUUCCCUGGGGCUGAUGUUUUUUCAGAGCAAAGUAAAAAACAUUUGGAAGCUAAAGCAAAAGUUGGUAAAAGGAUUGACGAGGAAACGCUUGUGGGAAGAGAAGAUCAUCCUGCACCUGUGUGUAGCGCCAAUUCUGUUAGUCACGUACCGAAUUACCUUGCCAGUGGUCAGAAUGCAUGGCAAGCUCUUAUUGCCUAUGAUGCCUGUAUUCGUUUAUGUCUAAAUGCAUGGGCAAGAGGUUGUGCAGAGGCGCCUGAAUUUUUACGGGAUGAGUGUCAUCUUCUUCGUAAUGCUUUUGGGUUACACAAACUUUUGCUUCAGCCCAGAGGUGUGCAACAAACUGAAAGAGAUAAUAAGACCUUAGAACCGGCAACAGCUUCAAAAGUGAAAAGGACAGUAGGAAAGAUUCGCGUGGAAGUGAAAAAGCUCCGUAUAGUACCUCAGAGAAGAAAGCUUAAGAACACAAACUCCAUGAGAGGAGCUAUUUACCUACAAGCUGGGGCAGACUAUGUCCGACAUGUUUCAUCUAGAGUGAGACGCAGAAUCAGUUUUCUCAAACACAGUACAUUAUCUUUGACAUGUGAAGAAUCACUUUCAUGCAUGAUUAAUCUUAGAAGUUCAAUGGAAGAUAAUGAAGGGGAACCAUCAUCUGCCAUCAUGAUGCGACCAGGAACUGGUGCAUAUCAUGACUUUUUUCCUGAGACUCAAGGAGAUACUCUGUUACUUGAAGUUCUGGACACUAUGAAAAAUGUUCAAGGUUGUGCCACAAUUCCAGUUUCUUCCCUGACAGAGAAUCCAAAUGAUAGAGUGCGCUGGUGGCCCAUCUAUCACAUCGAUAAUGAAUGUGUCGGCAAAGUAUUGCUCUCAAUUGGAAGUUCCUUUACAACUGAUGAGACAAUGCCUAUGAAGAGUGGAUCAAUAGUGGAGACCCUAGCAUACGAUCUUCUACUGGAGGCUGCCAUGAGGGCGAUACAGUUUCAUGGGCGGAAUUUACGCAUUGAGGGGCCCUGGAAAUGGAUCUUGUCAGAAUUUGCUGACUACUAUGGAGUUUCCGACUCUUACACAAAAUUGAGAUACCUUUCGUAUGUCUUGAAUGUUGCCACUCCAACUAAAGAUUGCUUAGAACUUUUGCAUGAGUUGCUUGUCCCGGUCCUCAAGGCCAGAAGUGAGAGAAAUUUAACAAGGCAAGAAAAAAGCAUUCUGUUAGAUUGUGAGAAUCAAAUCGAAAGGCUUUUGGCAGAGGUGUUUCAGAACUACAAGUUGCUUGAUGAAAAAUCUCCAACCGGUUUGGCAGAUAUGUCGGCUCCAAUAUCAGAAACUGCAGCACCAGCACUAGCUCCGGCCGUGCAAAUAUACACAUUUCUACAUGACAUACUAGCUCAAGAUGCUCAGACUGUGCUGAGAAACUAUCUUGAGGCGGCAGCAAUAAAAAGAUGUAGAAAGCACAUGAUGGAGACAGACGAGCUUGUGUCAAGCAACUCCGAGUGUUUUGUUAUGGAUGCAGAUACGAUAUCUAAAGCCUACAUGAAGAUGAAGAAUCUGGCCAUCAACAUAAGAAAUGAAAUUCAAAUUGACAUAAAGAUCCAUAAUCAGCAUAUAUUCCCCAGUUCAAUAGACUUGUCUACCAUCACAUCAACAGUAUACAGCAGAGAAUUGAACAAGAGACUUGGAAGCUUCUUGGCCUCAUGGCCGCCGUCAAGUCCCAUGCAACAUGUGAAUGAACUUGUGGUAGCAUUGUCCGACUUCGAAAGGAGUCUCGAAUCGUGGAAUAUCAGCCCUGUCCAAGGUGGUGUUGACUCCAGAGACUUGUUCAACGGUUACAUCAUGGUUUGGAUACAAGAUCUACAACUCACCUUGCUUGAUCUUUGCAAAGCGGAAAAGGUACCUUGGGCUGGGGUGUGCACAAAAUAUUCAACCUCUCCCUUUGCAGAGGAAAUGUUCGAAAAGAUGUCGAGGAUGCUCAUUGAAUAUGAAGUCGUGAUCAAUCGGUGGCCUCAAUACACAUUGGUUUUGGAGAACGCGGCUGCAAAUGUGGAAAGGGCGAUAAUUAAAGCACUAGAGAGGCAAUACCAUGACAUUUUAGCCCCUCUAAGAGAUAGCAUUCCAAAAAAAAUAGGCAUGCAGGUUCAGAAGUUGGCCAGGAGGCAAUCAACAGCGUAUUAUUCUAUUCCUAGCCAGCUGGGUAUUUUCCUGAAUACCUUGAAAAGAAUCCUGGACGUACUGCACCAUAGGAUAGAGGGAAAACUCAAAUCCUGGGCUUCCUAUCUACCUGAAAAUGGAGAUAAUAAAUCCAAUUUUGGGGAGCAGAUGAAUGCUGUCACUGUCCUUCUACGAACAAAGUACAAAAACUACAUUCAAGCUAUUGUUGUCAAGCUGACCAGCAAUAUGCAAGAUAACAGGAGCACCCGUCUUCAGAGAAUCUUGGAGGACACAAAAGAAGCCGAUGGGGAGGCUCAGAUUCGAGAGAGGAUGCAAUUGCUGAGCACACAGCUCUCUGAUUCCAUCUCAAACUUGCAUGAAACCUUCACGAGCCAAAUUUUUGUGGCCGUCUCUCGUGCUUUCUGGGACAAAAUGGGACAAAUUGUACUGAAGUUUCUGGAAGGGAGAAAGGAGAAUCGGGUUUGGUAUACAGGAUCGUAUCACGCCCUGGGGGUUUUGGAUGACAUAUAUGCAUCCGAGAUGCAGAGGCUGCUGGGGAAUGCACUGCAAGAAAAGGAUUUGGAGCCCCCACGAUCAAUCACGGAAGCUCGAUCCAUACUGUCGAGAGACACUACCAACAGAAUGGAUUCGUCCUCGUAUAUAUAUUUCUAG